UUUAGCACACUUCUGAUAUUUCAGUUGUGGAACGAACUUUAAAAUAUUUUUUCCGAAAUCAAACAUAUAAAUUAAGUUAAUUAUUACAAUUAAGUGUUAAAUUAGUGCUUCUUUGGUUCUAAUCUAAACACCCAAAAUGGUUGUGUCUGUGAAAGUUUUUAAAAAGACUACUCCAAAUGGAAAAGUUACGUUCUACCUGGGACGCAGGGAUUUCAUAGAUCACUUGGAUUAUUGUGACCCGAUCGAUGGCGUUGUCGUCGUGGAUAAGGACUACUUGAAGGAACGUCGCGUCUUCGGACAAUUGAUUACCACCUACCGAUAUGGACGCGAAGAAGAUGAAGUUAUGGGAGUUAAAUUUUCCAAGGAACUCAUCCUCUGCAAAGAGCAGAUUGUUCCUUUGGUUAAUCAGAAUAUGGAAAUGACUCCACUCCAGGAGAAAUUGGUCAAAAAAUUGGGACCCAAUGCAUUUCCAUUCACCUUCCAAUUCCCACAAGGUGCUCCUAGCUCAGUCACUUUGCAAGCUGGCGAAGAUGACUCAGGCAAACCUCUCGGUGUUGAAUACACCAUCCGCGCUUAUGUCGGUACCAAUGAAGAUGACCGCCAGCAUAAGCGCAGUCAAGUCAGCUUGACCAUUAAGAAACUACAGUAUGCUCCAGCAUCUCGUGGUCGACGUCUUCCAAGUUCAUUAGUUAGCAAGGGAUUCACCUUCUCGCAAGGCAAGAUCAAUUUGGAAGUAACAUUAGAUCGAGAAAUUUAUUAUCAUGGGGAGAAAGUUGCGGCUACAAUUCAGAUUACCAACAACUCAAGGAAGGCCGUGAAGAAUAUCAAAUGCUAUGUCGUUCAACAUUGCGAAGUUACUAUGGUCAACGCUCAAUUCAGUAAACAUGUUGCUUCUCUGGAAACUCGUGAAGGUUGUCCAAUUACACCUGGAGCUAAUCUGACCAAGACUUUCUAUCUGGUUCCAUUAGCAUCCAGUAACAAAGAUCGACGAGGUAUUGCUUUGGAUGGACACUUGAAGGAUGAGGAUGUGAACCUGGCCUCCUCCACUUUGGUCGCUGAAGGAAAGUCAACCGCUGACGCUAUGGGUAUUGUGAUCUCCUAUUCCGUUCGUGUUAAAGUCAACUGCGGAACACUUGGCGGUGAAUUGGUUACAGAUGUACCAUUCAAGCUGAUGACUCCAGCACCAGGAACAAUCGAAAAGGCCAGAGUUAAUGCAAUGAAGAAAAUGAAAUCCAUCGAGGCUCAUCGUUAUGAAAACUCUCACUACGCCGACGAUGAUGAUAACAUUGUUUUCGAAGACUUUGCUAAGAUGAGGAUGAGCGCAGCGACUGACUAAAUAUGGAAGGAACCACUCAUAAGGAGAUAAUUAACCUCACGAAAAUGAAUAAUGCAUUAUAAAGAAUCUCUACGAAAUUAUUAAACUGCAAAGAUAUAAUUUUAUCGGCUUCAAUGGACCAAGAAGCAAAUAUAGGAAAAAUAAUACGAAAUAACCUCUACUCUAUGGAUUGACUGUUAACGUUAUCUACUAAAGAUUUUAUUUAAAUGUUAAUGAAACACAAGUGCAUAUCUGUUAAGCAAUCUGAGGAAACUGCAAAGAUUGAAUAAAAGAAAUUUUCAAUAUAUUUACUAUACGACGGUUAAA